UGCUCUUCCCGACCCUGUUGCAGCCCGAACAAAAAAAAAAAGGGAACCCGGCACCAGCCUUUGAGAAACCGGUGAGGAAGCUUGGUUUUGGCCUUCUUUUCUUGUUCAAGAACAAGAUUGGAGCCUUGAAACCUUACCCCCCCUGCUGGAAAUCCUAGAUCUGCUCUGCUCCUUCCUUCCUCAUUGCCGGCUGCUCUUGAUUGUGGGUGAUUUCUGGGCAUUUUUUCGAUUUCCCGAAUUUCCCCCUGAAUUUUCUGCAGUUGCCGCCGGCCUCUUCCCCCUGCCAUGUCCGGUUCUGCAGCUGGAAAAUUCUGGUUCUUGAUCGUUCUGUUAGUUUAGCACUGAGAUUGAGUCUUCGGUUUUAUGGGAGUGAGGUAAGUAAAUUUAUGGUAAUGCACGUAUAGUUUUUAAAAGCAUGUUUUGAUUUGUUUUUGAAGUGGUGGCGGGAUUAAGCCCGUUUUAUGCAAAAGUAAGUAUGACUGAUUUGAAGUGAAAUUUUUAUGCUUUUCAUUAAAUUGAGCAUGCCUACUUGAAAUUUAAUUGAUUGUCCUGAUGAUUUGAAAGUGAUUGGUGAAUUAUGAUUUUUCUGUUAACUUCUGCCUGUUUUGUCUCCAAUGUGGUCAUGUUAUUAGUGACCCUGCUAGUGGGGAUUAUACGCUAGCACAUGUCGACAUGUUAGUGAUAGAGCCGGUUCGUACAAGUGACCCUGCUAGUGGGGAUUAUACACUAGCAAAUAGUGUGCCUGCCAGUGGGAGAUUUAUAACACUGGCCGUGACCUAUAGAGGAGACGUCUAUUUCGUUCCCGUACUUUUUUCCUUGUCCACCAUUUCAGGAAGCAAAACUGAGGACAGGGAAACCACAGGAAGUGACGAGUUAGAAGGCUAGCCAUUUCGAGAUUGAUAUAGAUUUUAGAAAUAAAUCAUGAUCUUGUAAGCUAGAGUGUAUUUGGAAAUUUUAUGAUAUGAAAGCAAAUUUUAAAGAUUUUAUCUUUAGAUUUUGGUGGUUUUGUGUAGGCAAGAAUAGAUUCUUCUAUGUUUAUUUAUAGAACUCACGAGUCUAUGGCUAUUUUGCUACUUUAUGUUGAUGUCAUCAUUUUAACUACUUUUAGCACUUCUUUGAUGUCUGUGCUUAUUUCUCCUUUGAAGAAAGAAUUUUUUAUGAUAGAUUUGGGAGACUUACAUUAUUUUUUGGGGAUUACUAUAAUAGUUAAUUCCACUUGUUUGUUUUUGAAUUAGUCCAAAUAUAUUCUUAAACUUCUU